AAAUUACACGAAAAGCGAUAACGAAGGUAUUUUUCCCUCCUAACAACUCUGGCCACACUAAAAAAAGAAGAAGACAGAAGCGUGGGCAAAUUUGCAAAUUUAAACAAAAUAAGAAUAAUUUUACAAAUCUCCAGCAACAAAACGCAUUCCAAGGCACCACAACGGUUCAGAAUAAUUCUAUACACCAGUGAGCACCUGCCCUAAGUGCUACCAAAGCCAACAACCAAAUAAUACACAGAAGGCGGACGCCAGAAGCACCAAGCCCUACUGACUCAGGAUAAAUUCUUCCAAUUAAACGGUAAAAACCAUUCCCACCAGCUACUAGGGAGAGGCUUAGCAUGAAUCAUAGAAUCUCCAUACCACGCUUCUGCAAAUGAAACAUGCUGCCGCAGCUAAAGCCACUGAAGCUGAGCACCUUCCAGCAUAUCUGGCUGCAUUAGACCCGCCUGGAAUGAGCAUAAGGGAAAGACAUCACUAUAGACCGGAGAACAACAGAGAUCCUAGACUCAAUAAGAAAACAGGAAUAAAUAACGCCAUAUGCUCCCAAUCAACAACGCAAACUGAGGCACAACCAAUAACACAACCAGUUGAAAUGGAUAAUUACAAGGGAAAAGAAAAUAAGAAGGUCAGAGAUUGCACCACCCCUCAAUUUGAUCCCACCAUAAUUCCCAAAGUGGAAGAUACCCCCACCAAGUCAAGAGGAACAGAACUAGAAAGACUGCUACUGACCUCUCCCACUCCUUUCAACAAGAGCGCGAAUCUGUUAAUCAUGCAGUCACUACAAGCCACGUAUAACUCUGGAGGCGGUAAUGGAAACACCAGAAAGCAACUCUUCAAUGACAGUGAUGACGACAGCGAGAGCAACAUACCUUUGCAGCAGCUGGUCUCUGGCAAGAAAAUCAGAGGGCAAAACCUAAAGCGCCUCAAACCCUUGAAGUCGGCAAACAGGCCCUACACCAGAAGAAUCACGGGAGCGAUCAAAACAACUGUCUCCUACGCGGACAAACAGAGGCGCUCUAGAUCUCGGGCACCCAGAACUUCGGAGGAGCUUGAUCUGGCAAACCCUAUAGUUUACGAUGACAAUAACAAUAACAAUGAUAGCCUCUGCUCCCUCAGUCUCACGGCGGGCAACCUUCCAUUGGCCCACGGCAGUGACAUAACAACAAACGAAAUGAGGAAGAAUAAAGAGGAGGAUAUGCCCUGCUGCUCAAGCAGCCUAAACCAACAUGCCAUAAGCCCAACACUAACAAAUGAAAAUGCUAUCACAAUCCAGGCCCAGGAGACCCAAAUGCUGCGCACUGCCGAGGAAUCGGAACAGAAGAAGAACAAGGAGCCACCCACCGUUUCCUCACGACGCCAAAGGGCGACUGUACCAGCUAGGCCAACUCACCGAGGAGUUCAUCUGAAAACGAAAGCAGCCCGUGCAGCUACUGGAUCCCAACGCAAGAAGCUGAGCACACCCAAAGUGCACCAUUGUGGAUGCGGCAUCGGUAACAAUGAUGAGGUCAUGCUCGACAACAUAAAAAAAGCCAACAAGGCCAUCAUCAAGAUAAUAGAAUCUAUAGGCAAAAUACACAGACAAUGCAGAGAAACUAAUGACAAUAUUGAAAUUAACUAUCUAAGAAACCCCCAAUAGAAAUGGGAAUCAGUAAAACCAAUGAAAAUGCUCUUUAAUUUACUGACUUAAACAUUUAGCAUAAGAAACAAGCUUCAUUAAUCUUAACGAACUUAUCAGUUCAUUAUAUAUUAUGCCCAAAAUACAUAUCUGUUUUUGAAUAAACCUCUUUAUGUUUAAAACUAAGGGAAAUACAAUAAUAAAACCCUAUACUUGCUGUGCAAGACACCUUAUCUCACUAUGUAAAAGAAACAUACAUACAUACAUAAAUAUAAAACAAAAUCAAUAAACGAACACGUCAGCCUUAUUCAAAUAUUACUCAAUCUACGCCUAACUAAGGGAGGGAAGCCUUCACGGCACUUGAAACAAAUAAUGCUAGAAGCAGCUAGUAAUGAAUAACAGAAACUACACCAAUACAUUUGGAAAGCAUACUUAGCAAAACUAGAACAUAGCCAGCAGCGCUAAGUGCAAACAGUAGCAGGAAUAACAAUAUCCAGAAACAACCUGAACAUUAAUAUGCCCUAUGGCUGCCUAGAAUAAGCUGCCUGGACAAGAACUAAAACCUGCUCCAGAUGACAGAAUUAAAUAAUACAAACAGCCAAUUAACAUACUUACUAUAAAAUGCAGAAAUGACAGCACAAAAUCGGAAACCAAACAAAGAAAUACCCCGACAACCCACAAAUCCCCUUCUCCUGCGUAAUUCAUUAUAACCAAAAUAGGAAAUCAAGAUAUAAAUCACAAUUAUUAUUAAAAAAAUUUAUAUUAACCAAAUACUACAUCUCCCUUGCAGAAGAUUACUAAAUGCCAUAUAACAUACUACUUUGAAAUCCAACAGCAUGACACACACGCCUCUAGAAAGCAGACUUUGCCAGGACACCAGCAUCCAGAUAGGGCCAAAUCCAAACAGACUGAGACUCUAUGGCUCAAACAAAUUACAUGCACCUGCGCGAAGCCUGAAAUUAAAAAGCAAAUAAUAAUAAGUUCUCUCUAACCACCAGAUUGAGGGGCAAAACGCCUACCAAACCUCAAGCCUCCAUUGGAACGCUAACUUACGCCAAUCCAUCCUUAAAGGCCUUGCACCUCCUUAUUGGACGCUGCUGCGCAUCCCGACUGUUGCACUGGACUGGGAUUGACAUCUUUUAGGGCACGCUCACCAUGUGACGAAACAACCCAGCGACUUGCGUCCCACUCCCGUGUGGUGGUUGUGUGAUGCCCAGCGACGACCACAAACCUGGAAAAGGCAAAGAUAUGAGUUCCUGUUGCACUGCACCUGCAUCCUACCGGGCACUUCGCAACAUCCAGUCCCAUAUGAGCGGCAGCAGCGAUAUUUUGGCUGUCCAAUGGUACCAACUGGAACUCCCUGAAACACCAAACAGAGGGCGAAUUAACAAGACACAUACUGCAAAACAAUUGAUUGCACAACUCAGCAGUUAAGUCUGUGCGUGACCUGCCCUUAAGGCCAGAACAAAUGCCAAACAUCCUGACAUGCUCCCUGCAAUAUCACAACCUUUGAUGACUGCCAAAAUAUCACUCAAAUGUACACCUGGAGACAAUCAGAACACAGCCAACAUAGCUAAAUAUUAAGCUAAAUAACACUCAUCGAACAUGCCUGUGCGAUACCUGCCAUAUGGCCGAACCAAAGCCAAGAUGCUAACACUGAUGCUGAAAAUUAAAAAUAACAAACAUCAGACCCCCACACCUAUCCCAUACUCACCCAGUCCCUCCCCCAUAUAACUUGCAAAGUACUCAUACAUUCCUUAACUCAACAGAUUAACCAUCACCACUGCAAAUACGACCAGUUAAUCAACAAGCCUCCACUGGAUUGCUACCUAUGCCAACCUGCUCUGAAAGGCUCCUUACCUCCCUACUGGACGCUGCCGUGCAUUCCAACUGCUCCACUGGACUGGGAUUGGCAUCUUUUACAUGCAGAUAAAGGACGUACGCUGAUGGCUGCGUACCUUAAAAUGGCAGAGACAUGUAAAGCAGCCGCCUUGCACCAUGCGAUACACAGACCAACCCCCACCUAGCCCUAACUGCCACGAGCUGCCAACUGCGUAGGUGAUCGCGCAGCUCGCAUGGCUACCGAGCAACAGCAACUGACAUGGGUCACCAACUGCGUAGCGCCUGCGUGACCCAUACUGCAACUGAGUCAGCGCACCUGAUGAGAUGACAAGCGGCCACCUGGAGCUUUAGCCAAAAUUCCCACCCCUAUGCUGCAUACAAUAA